GCACCCCCACAAAGCACCAAGGCGUCGUCAUCAGCCCCGAAGCCAAUCCCUCCCUUCAUUCUUCCAUCUCAACAGUCGACAGGAAGGUUAUCCAACUUCUUCCUACACAUAGAUCACGGACUCAUGAACACUUAAAACCACCAUAUAUCCAUCCGCGAAUACAGACGUACGCCAGAAUGUAUCUACGCUCUUUCAUCGCCGGCGUUGGCUUGGUGGCCACCACCACCAACGCCCUACUCCUCCCGCUCGACUUCCCCAUCGCUGAUGACACAGUUACCACCCUCCCUGUGCCCAUCGAAAACGAUGUUGACGUCGCCGUUUCGAAGAUGCCCGUUACCCAGACUCUGAACCUAGAAUGCCCUGGAUGCAUGAUUAGCCACAGGCACGCCAAGGAGAUCCCAAGUCACCUGAAGCUGGACUUCAGUAUCGAGUCAAAUGAUGGCGCCGACCGUCUGACUCUCAAUGGUUAUGAGCUGUACCCAAACCCAGACCUCCUGCACAAUGUCCUCUCGGCACCUGUUAUCCCCGACAUGGCUUCCCGACACGUCGGCGAUAAACCUCGUACUCGAGGUGGACUAAACCGACCGCAGAAGAACCAGCGCCUCGGCUUCGCUAUGGAAACUGAGGCAGUGGCCACCGACGACGACGAGGAUCUGCAACUCAUCAAGGUCGACGUCCAGAUCAUUGAAGUAGGCGAUGCCUUCAUCGAGAGCAUCCCCAACAUCCAAGUAAAGCUGGUCAAGACUCCUUCCGGCAAGCUUGCCAUCGGCAAUAUCGAGACCAUCGAGUCCCAAGGAACCGACUCCGCGGCCGGCAAAAAACAAUGCUCUUCCAUGGUAUGCAGAUGGAAGGCUGCAUUCUUCGACAAGCUUCGUGGACUAUUCUACUCGAAAGGCUGCAGUGGCUACCGAGUUUCAGCACCGUCUCAUGCUCAAGACCACCAACCCCACCCUCACCACAUGGGUCACAAGCACUCUUGGGGCCGUGGCCUCAGAUUCUUCGUGACAGCUAUUCUGCUCCCCAUCCUGAUUGGUAUUGUCGCUGGUAUUUCAGCUAGCCUUAUCGGCAUGAUGGUUGGUACCUUCAUCGUCUUCCUCUGGCGCCUAUUCUUCCGCCGCUCGUCUGCUCGCAGCUCUCACAGAUGCCGAUACGCUCACAAGGCAUCUCGACAUGAGCCUGCUGCCGCUGAAGAGAAGUCUGGCUUGUUGAACGAGGAGGCAAAUGUUGAAGCUCCUCCCGCUUACGUGGAUACCAAUGACGUUGUUGAGGAUAAGAAGGCUGAGAACGAAGCCUAAGGGCCUCAAAUACAAUGGCAAGAAUAAACCAUGCGCUAUGCCUCAUAUUUUUGCGCUGGCUUCUCACAUGUAACACUAUGCAGUCGAGAUUGACCUUCAGUACAAGGUUCAGUUGGAAGGUUAGUUCAGGCAGGCGUUAUUGACGAUGGACUAUCAUCUUGGAAUUGAGUGUACACUCCUUUGUAUCUCCUAUUGUGCUUUUAGAUUUCAUAGCUUAGGGAAUUAAUCCACACUCGCUUCUUGCAAGUUAAAA